GCCUUGGGUGCCGUCGGCUUCGUUUAUUUUUUGGCCAGUGGCAUCACCAACGCUUUCCAGAAAGGUUUUCGCAUUGACAUGCUGAUUUUCGAGAUGGUCGCGGCUUUGCCACUCCUCUUCCUGUUCACAGUGAACAUGCGAGUUUGUGCGCAUGGCGCAGCUCUUACGGAGAAGUGCCGUCAGAUUCCUGCUUUUGUGAACCAGAUUCCGUCUGCGGAGCCGAUUGAACCUUGGAUGCAGCAAGGGGUGUAG